AUGCUCAAAGUGUACUUCAUCUGCUCACUGGUGGUCUACGUAGCUGUGGUCAUGGUACAACUACUGGCUUUCAACCUUAAUGCGAUUGGCUUCGUAACCAUAGGAGCAUGCGGUCUUGUCGUUGUAUCCUCCACCUAUAUGGUUCUUUGCAUUGAUUUCGAGCACACUUCCCCUAAGUUGAAACGACUAGCAUUGAGAGUGCACAACAACCGCACUAUUGCACAGAUGAUGUCCUUUAUCGUGGUUUGUGCCUUCAUAUUACAAGUUGAAGCUAUUAUGUCUGCUGGGAGUCAUCCCUUACACGAUCUACCUGUUGGUGUAACAACUAUAGUUUAUAUUUCAGCACUACCUACAAUUGACGCUGAUGGUGAUGUUCCUAUGCGCUGUUCACCAGAUUCUUAUUACAAUCGUGAAGACUGUGUUGCUACUGAUAACUUCUGUAGCGUACCUCGUGAUAACGACACAGGAGCAUCUAUACUUGACCAAUUACUUUUUCGAGUUCCAAUUCAGAAAACUUCCAUUGAUAACCUUUUGUUUCAUAAUAUAUAUACUAUAUUAAGACACCACUGUGGUCUGGAUUGGAAUCAGCAGUGGACGAACAUCGUCAUCGCCCUAGGUGCCACUGUCGCAUUGAUGCUUCACUCACAGCAAACCGAGAGCACAUACAGAUUAGACUUCAUUUGGAAAUUGCAAGCCAAUGAUGAGAAAGAAGAUAUGGAACAUCUGGAAGCAUACAACAGGAAGCUAUUAGCAAACAUUCUACCAGAACACGUGGCACAGCAUUUUCUCUGCAGUGACAAAAAUAUCGACGAGCUGUAUCAUGAGCAAUGCGAAUCAGUAUGCGUGAUGUUUGCUUCUAUUCCAAACUUCUCGGAGUUCUACGUUGAGCUGGAAGGUAACAAUGAGGGGGUGGAGUGCCUCCGUCUUCUAAAUGAGAUUAUCGCCGACUUUGACGAGAUUCUAGCUGAAGAUCAGUUCAAGUACAUAGAGAAGAUCAAGAGCACUGGCGCAACGUACAUGGCUGCAUCCGGACUGACUGCUGCAACACGAGAUCUUAGGGGAUAUCGCCACGUGACUGCAAUGGCUGAUUAUGCACUCCGCUUACGUGAGCAACUUCAAUACGUGAACGAGCACUCAUUCAAUAGCUUCCGAAUCCGAAUUGGCAUCAACAUCGGACCGGUAGUUGCCGGAGUCAUCGGUGCCCGCAAGCCGCAAUAUGACAUCUGGGGCAAUGCCGUUAACGUUGCAUCGAGGAUGGAUUCUACUGGAUUAUUGGACCAUAUUCAGGUGACUCAAGAGGUGUACGAUAUUCUGUCGACACGUGGCUACAGCCUCCGGUGUCGGGGUACAGUUGACGUCAAAGGCAAAGGAAACAUGGUGACAUUCUUCCUCGAAGGAGGGCAAAAAUACUGUGUAUCUUACAUUUUUCCUUUAUCACAGAACCCACAACCUUCGACCUCAUCGGACGGAGCAGAAGCGAGCAAUAGCACACGACCUGACCACUAUCCCCUUGAGACGCUCUCAGAAGGUUAUACAGAUGAGGAUGGUCAUUCACCACGUGCGUCCAUCCCAACAGAAAAUCAGAACGACUCGAAGAGUCCAACUCUCCAAAACGGUGGCUCCUCAUCUCGAGAGAGUUUGGCGAGCGCGGUAAGAGCAAGAGUCUUACGGCGACUGGAACGUCCACAGUCACUCGCCGAUGAGCCUACUCUACCCGCCAUAAUAUCGAUGAUCAACGCACGCGCGCACUCAACAGACUUUGAAUAUGUGGACGGAACGAAGAACCAUACCCUCGGCAACGUGAAAAAAAACAUUAUAGAGUCUCGCAGCAGCGGAGAGAUCGAAGCGCUACUCGAGGGUCAAGGGCCCCGUCGAGCGGCCAGCUUAGCCGACUUCCUGUUCAGACGAAAACAACCGAAACUAAACGUCACCACGGUCAACAUAAUCGCGAAUCCAAUGAACGUCGUCUACGACUGCGAGACUAGAACAUCGCCGGAACCCACUUUCAUCGGUUAG